AUGGCUGGCCCGCAGCAGCAGCCCCCUUACCUGCACCUGGCUGAGCUGACGGCUUCCCAGUUCCUGGAAAUCUGGAAGCACUUUGACGCAGACGGAAAUGGCUAUAUUGAAGGUAAAGAGCUAGAGAACUUUUUCCAAGAGCUGGAGAAGGCAAGAAAAGGCUCUGGCAUGAUGUCCAAGAGCGACAGCUUCGGGGAGAAGAUGAAGGAGUUCAUGCACAAGUACGACAAGAACGCGGACGGCAAGAUCGAGAUGGCAGAGCUGGCGCAGAUCCUCCCGACUGAAGAGAACUUCCUCCUGUGCUUCAGGCAGCACGUGGGCUCCAGCGCCGAGUUUAUGGAGGCUUGGCGGAAAUACGACACGGACAGAAGUGGCUACAUCGAAGCCAACGAGCUCAAGGGAUUCCUGUCUGACCUGCUGAAGAAGGCCAACCGGCCGUACGAUGAAGCCAAGCUCCAGGAAUACACCCACACCAUACUCCGGAUGUUUGACUUGAACGGAGAUGGCAAACUGGGCCUGUCGGAGAUGUCCCGACUCUUGCCCGUACAGGAAAACUUCCUGCUUAAGUUCCAGGGCAUGAAGCUGACCUCGGAGGAGUUCAACGCGAUCUUCACCUUUUAUGACAAGGACGGCAGUGGCUACAUCGACGAGAAUGAGCUGGACGCCCUCCUGAAGGAUCUGUACGAGAAAAACAAGAAGGAGAUGAGCAUCCAGCAGCUCACCAACUACCGGAAGAGCGUCAUGUCCUUGGCCGAGGCGGGGAAGCUGUACCGCAAGGACCUGGAGAUUGUGCUCUGCAGCGAGCCACCCGUGUAA